CUCUCGCUUCGUCAGUCCAAAACCCCGAGAACCUUUCUCUCUCCUCUCUCUCUCUCUCUCCCGUCGACUCUCUCCCCUCUCUCUCUCUCUAGAACCGCAGGAACAUGGUGCAACAGCACAGAAUCUACGUCGUGCAGUUCGACAAGGGGGAGCCUGAUCAUGAGGAGCUGUCAUGCAAGGCCUCGCCGCCCAAGGGCGGCGGCCGCCGGAUCAUGUACUACUACCAUGACUACGGCACCGGAGGCGCCGCCGGCAAGAACGGCAAGCCGGCCAAGGGCAGGGCGCUCAGCCUGAGCGGCUUCUUCGGCUUGCUCCUCAUCUGCCUUUUCGGCCUGGCCACGCUCCUCGCGGCUCCGGGCGCCUUCUUCUCCUUCGCGCGCACCGGCGGCGCGGCGGCGGCCACGCAGCAGCAGCAGAGCGAGCGGUGCUCCGGGAUCGGCAACGACACCCUGUGCUGCGACCGCUCGUCGAGGCGCGCGGAUAUGUGCUUCGCGCGCGGCGACCUGCGCAUGCACUCGGCGAGCGCGUCGUUCCAGCUCGUGUCCUCCGCCGGGCGACCGGCGGUGGAGGAGGAGGAGCGGAUACGGCCGUACACGCGCAAGUGGGAGGCGCACGUGAUGAAGACCAUCGACGAGGUGCGCUUCCACCGCGUGUCCGCCGGCGACGCCGCGCGCUGCGACGUGCGGCACGACAUGCCGGCCGUGCUGCUCUCCACGGGCGGGUUCACGGGCAACGUGUACCACGAGUUCAACGACGGCCUCCUCCCGAUGUUCGUGACGGCGGGCCACCUCCAGCGCCGCGUGGUGUUCGUCAUCGUCGAGUACCACGACUGGUGGAUGACCAAGUACGGCGACGUCGUGUCCCGGCUGUCGGCGUUCCCGCCCAUCGACUUCACCGCCGAUCGCCGCGUGCACUGCUUCCCCGAGGUGAUCGCCGGCCUCCGCAUCCACGGCGAGCUCACCGUGGACCCCGCCAAGACCCCCGAGGGCCGGAGCAUCCGCGACUUCCGGCGCCUCCUCGACGACGCCUACCGCCCCCGCAUCAACUACCUGGAGCGCAUGGAGCGCAAGGCCGCCCGCAAGCAACGCCGCGCCAGCGGCGCCGCCGCCACGAAGCUCGCCCUCCCGAACAAGCACCUGGCGGCGCCGGCGGAGAGGCCGAAGCUGGUGAUCGUGUCGAGGACGGGGUCCCGCGUGAUCGAGAACGAGGAGGAGCUGAAGGCGCUGGCCGCGGACGUGGGGUUCGACGUGCGCGUGGUCCGGCCGGAGCGGAGCACGGAGAUGUGCAAGAUAUACCGCGACCUGAACGCGAGCGACGCGAUGGUGGGCGUGCACGGCGCCGCCAUGACGCACUUCCUGUUCAUGCGCCCCGGCAAGGUGUUCAUCCAGGUGGUGCCGCUGGGCACGGACUGGGCGGCAAACGAGUACUACGGCGAGCCGGCGGCGCGCCUCGGCCUGCGGUACGUCGGGUACAAGAUCCUGCCGGAGGAGAGCUCCCUGGCCCGCGAGUACCCCGCGGGCCACCCCGUGCUGACGGACCCCGCCGGCGUGGCGCAGCGCGGCUGGGACGUGACCAAGAAGGUGUACCUGGACCGGCAGAACGUGCGGCUCGACCUGGCGCGGUUCCGGGAAGAGCUGGUCGCGGCCCACCGGUACCUCGUCGCCGGCAAGCGGAAGGGCCGGCCGAAAAGCAGAGCUCUUGCGAUGUGAUCGGCCGAUAUAAUCGUCUCCGUUAACAAACAUCCCGUAUAGCAGUAUACCAUAGAUCAAAAUUUACAGACACCUUUUCUCCUCUUCUCUCAGUUCCUGUCAGUUACAGUUACAGCAGCUAACUUCAUACCUGACCAUUCAUUUCAUUAGAUUGUUACUCAUGUGUUGGUGAUGUGCCCGUGAUCGAUCGAUGCUGGUUUACAUGCUGAUGUGAAUAUAUGCCCAAUAAAGAAGGAUUCAGUUA